AUGUCGCAUUCACGUCCGAAACCAUGGGAGGUGAGUUCGGGUACGUCUGGUGCGUCUGUGGGUAUUGAAUCAGCAGGUUCUAUUCAAACUCAACAGACUCAAACAGUUAUAGGGAAACCAACUUCUUUGGCACAGACAAGUGAUGCUCCUCCAGCAAUACCUCCAAAACCAGAAAAUCUGAUGGCAGGCAGAGAUUAUGCUGAUAAAGAUAAAAGGUGUGAUAACAAUAACAUAAACAACGCAAAUCAGAUAAGCGAUGGUUAUGGGUCAAAUACGUAUGGAAGUAACGGACUAUACGGCAAUGGAAUGUAUAGUAGUGGGAUGUAUGGCAAUGGGAUGUAUGGCGGUGGACUAUAUGGAGGUGGAAUGUAUGGUUCAGGGCUGUAUGGUUCGGGGAUGUAUGGAUCUGGCCUGGGGAUGUAUGGUGGGGGUCUAGGUGGCCAACUUGGAGGCAAUGAAGGAUCACUUGCUCAGGGAACUGAGGCCACAUUUCAAAUGAUAGAAAGCUUUAUAGGGGCCAUUGCUGGCUUUGCACAGAUGCUGGAGAGCGCCUAUUUCGCGACCCAUAAUUCUUUCUUCACAAUGAUGUCUGUAGCGGAACAAUUUACGCACAUUAAGGAUGCUUUAGGGUCUGUUUCAGGGAUCUAUAGAGCUAGGGGAUGGAUAAAGAAACUUUUGGGGUACGUGAAAGGAUCAAAUGGUACAUUUUCAGUUGAAGAGUUUCAACAGUACCAGAAAGAAAUAAAAGCUGGAAUUAGACGAGACAACAAUAGCAAAGCUCCGAAAAGACAUAGCGCCUCUUUGAAACCACUUUUAUUCUUUAUAGCGGCUGUUUUUGGAAUGCCAUAUCUUCUCAGAAAGUUGGUCACGAUUAUUGCCAAGAAUCAACAUAAUAAAUUUUUAAGAAGGCAACGACAGCAUCAGAACAAUAUGUUAACGGCCUCAGGAAAAUAUUUGUUGGAAGGAUUGUCGGAGAAUGGUUCAGCAGCUCCACUGGAUCCAAAAAAACUCCAAUUUGCGAGAGCAACAUAUAAUUUCAAUCCAGAGGAUGAACGGGUUGAGCUAGCUUUAAGAAAAGGGGAUUUGGUUGCUGUGCUAUCAAAUCUUUCUCCGAAUGGCCAAGAGUCAAAAUGGUGGAAAUGUAGAUCGAGGGAUGGCAGAAUCGGAUUUGUGCCCUACAAUUAUCUAGAAACCAUAAAAAGAACUAACGCAGGAAAUAAAAUCCUUGGAGUGCAAAAGCCCAGGAUCGAGAAGGGGUCCAAACAGCUAGGGGGAAAAAUGGAAUCAGUAUAA